AUGACAUCUAGUCAUACCAGCGGUGCAGGUUGGAUACCUCGUGCACUGCAGCGGAGUUGGACAAGAAUAAAGAAAUGGAAUAUUCCCGCGCAUACGAUUAGACUCAUCCCACCUAUUGCGCUUUCUAUUGCUCUUCUUCCGUUCGUCUUCGCCCGGCCUGUGCAGCAGUGGAUAGGCUCACACUCAUUUUUCUGCUAUGUCCUGCGACAAUUGGCGUUUUAUCCAGGAGAAAACACGUUCGUUGCACAUAUUGAAAUUACAGUCAUUUCUCUGUUCUUAUCCUCGCUCUGGCUGGGCGUAGGCUUCGUCAUCACUUGCGCUCAGGUAUGGAUUGAUAGUCCUAACCCCAUUUACACAUCCCUCAAAACACGUGGAUUAGGCGCGGCGUAUAUCUUUACAUCGUUUUUCAUUGCAGGAGCUAUCUGGAGUCGCAUUCCUCGUUUGCGUAUUCCAUUGCGUGCCGUCAUGUUUACGCAGGUUUGGGUCAUGACUGGCUCCAAAUCAGAGAUUACAUCGCGCAACUUCACGGACAUAUUUUAUCCCUUCUUUGUAUGCGCUCUUCUUGGAAUUGCGGCAAACUCACUCGUUCCACGCACAUCAAAUGGAAAGUAUUUCAUCUCUUUGGUCUCUACUCUAAAGACCUUGUCAGUUUUGGUUGAGACUGCCAUGAAGGAUUAUGAGAAGCAACUGCAAAAGUGGUAUCACUAUCAGGACCUCAAUUCUGAUGAUCCUGAUAAUGCACCUUCAUUUGAGCAGUCACCGGAAGCUAUUAAUCUGAUUAAAACACUUAAAGGACAGGUUCAGGUGACAAAUAAUGCAUUCACGGCAUCACAGCAUGAGGUCAUCUGGUGUCUUCUGCCUGCAUCAUCCACGAAGCAUUUCAUGACAUUUGUGACUGAUGCCUCUAUUUGGCUAAGCAGCGGCUGGGGUAUGUCUAUGCCAAGUAUGGAUCUCACGGACCCUAUAUUUGAAGAGGCUCGAGCAGCUGAGGGCGGUGAAGCUGCCUCGGUGUCUGAAGUUUCCGUUCGGCCGCUGCGCAUGUCAUAUACAAAUCCUGCUACUACCACUAUUAUUCAAAGAAUUUCUAUGGAUCACCUAACGAGCUCGCUCACGGAGCUUAGGAACUCUGUCCUGGAUAUCAUUGCCCUAAUACAGGUACUCUCAGAAUAUUCCAUGCAUCCUGUGCCAUCAACAUACACCCACAAGGUGUCCGCCACUUUCUGUCAAGCAAUCCAUCACUACCGUUUAGGUGAUGGAGAAAAAUUUGAAAAUCCAUACACCAUCCUGACUAACGCGGAGAGCAAGGUUGAAAAAGCCAUGAAUAGCUGCUUCGUGCAACUCCAACUCUUGUUACGUGAACGUGGAUUCAAAGAAAGCAAAAACGCACAAGUUUGUUCACCAGUUGCCUCGAUGCAUUCCUCUCAAGAUGGAACUGCUCAGACUCGUCCAAAAGACACGGGCACAGAUAUAUCUGAAUUGUUUCGCAAGCCAAGUCUAUUCUGUCCUGAUAUGUAUAUCAUGUCUCACUUUUAUCAAUCACUCUACCACCUUGCAAACCAAGCGAAGCAGACGAUUCAUGUUUCUAUUCCAAUGUUGGAUCAUAUUCUUAAGCAUAGGCAUAAACGAAUUUUUAUGCCUAGCUUGAACAUUUGGCGAUGGUUCCAGACUAGCAGCGGAAUUGGCUCAUUUGGUUCUACUACACUAUCUGAAACAUUGACCACAUUUAUACAGCCUAAGCCAACCAAGCCAGAUAUAAGUAAAGAGCCUGGGCAGUUUGACCCUUAUUCGAUUGUUUUUGACGAAGAUGAUCAACAUACACAAUAUUACAAUUAUGCGCGCAACAUGGCUAAAGCUUCCCGACAUACUCAUCGUCGCAAGAAAACUGGAGGCUCGUUUUUCGAAAGAAUCAACGAUGCUCUCACUUCUUUCACGCAUUCACCAUCUGCCAUCAAUUUACGUGUACAUGUUUCAUCUUUUCUACGAUCAGUCAAGCAAUCCCAUCAUAUAAGAUUCGGACUCAAAUUAGCUGCAGGCGUAACACUUUUUUGUAUCAUUCCAUUCCUUCAAAACAGCCCAAAUGACUUCUGGAAAAGGGAAAAAGGACAAUGGAUGCUCAUUUCUUAUAUAUGGGUACUUGAAACAUCUACUGGAAAUACUAUUCGGGUCUUGGUAUACCGCAUUGUUGGUACAGUUUUUGGUGCCGUGCUUGGCUUGAUCAUUUAUGAAAUAUCUCGAGGAAAUGUCUGGGCGCUCUGUGUAAUGAUACCUGUGUUUGACAUACCUUCCGCUUUUAUAAGAUUAAACGUCAAUUCAACUCUUGGAGGAGUCAUUGGCUUUACUACGCCACUAGUGGUCAUGGUAACGUUCUUGAACCCGGGAAGCAGUGCAGUCCAUGUGGCUGUAGUCCGUGGUUACAUGAUCCUUUUGGGAGUUGCAGCAGCCCUCUUGGUGAAUUUAAUAUUUUGGCCAUAUCAUGCCAGAAUACAAUUGAUGCACAAGUUAUCAAAGACUUGUACUCUACUGCAAAAUAUGUAUUUAAGUUUAGCCCGUCAAAGGUUUUAUGCUGGCUUCAAAACAUCACCGGAACUGAAGUCAGGAUUCCGAAAUUUUGAAAAAAGUGUCCGGCUCCAACUUGCCCAAUGUGAUACCCUCUUGAACAUCAUGACGAGUGAAUUCAGUCUUGUUCCUAAGCCGGUUUUGAUUGUGCGGCGUAUAUAUGAGCAUUUGGAGAUGAUAUUUGUACUAUUCGUGACAUUGCGAUCAUUUCGUGAGCAAGAGUUUUUAGGGGAUCGACAAGAUGCUUUGUUUGGAGAUUUACCAUUACGUCAAGAAUUUAUUUCCUCUGUUAUUCUUGAUCUGUGGCUUGCUGGGCAAGUAAUGGUCACACGUUCGAAACUUCCUCAAUCGCUGCCAUCUACCAGGCGUGCCCUUGAAGACCUUGUUACAGCGACUGCAUUAGAAUAUCAUGAGCUUUUGUGCCAUGAUGCAAAAGAUAAUGCGAAACACAAGUCUUUUUACGAUGGCCCAAUGAUUGAGCCAUUUGCACAAGCUGAGCUGCUGGAUUCAACGGAUGAUGUAAAUGACUUGGGUCAAGCACCAGCAAAAACUAUGGGUGGCUUGAUGUAUCUUCUGACGGAGCAUUCGGUUCUGUCGCAAUUGGUUUUUUCAUUGGAAUCACUUUUACAACUCAUGAGACUUAUAAUGGGUGAGUUGCACCUUGUAUUCUAG